CAGUAUUUUUUCAGAGUGAUUGACAGUAAAUUGGCAUUAAGCCCAUAUGAUACCAUUUAUCAUUUGACAAACUAUAGGAAGCCAUGGGCCCUGUGACAUAAACAUUAUAAACACCUUACCAGACCUGUUUUACCAGCUCCACCUUGAGUCCAGGCUGCCUCUGCUCUUAAGCAGCAUAGUUUCAUGUGAACUGGCAUUUCAGCUUUGCCCUCUGCGAGUUUUUGCUUUAACUUAAAGCACUUGCAUUAUUUCUAGUUCUGUUGACUAUUUUUCUAGUUCAUUAACCUAUUUAAACAGGGAAACUUGUGGUUGUCUAACGUCCAGGUUGAUCUCCAAGAAAUACAGGUAAUUAUUCUACAUUCCACCCGGGCACCAUGGCCUCAGCCUGGUCUGAAGAAGAGACCUUUGUUUGCUCAGUAUGCCUGGACACCCUGAAGGACCCAGCCACUCUACCCUGUGGACAUUCAUACUGCUUGGCAUGUAUCCAGAGCCACUGGGACAAGGGAAACCGCAAAGGUGAGUACAGCUGCCCCCAGUGUAGGCAGGUGUUUAACCCUCGACCCUCGCUGGCUAAGAGCACUGUGCUAGUGGAGGCUAUGGAGAAACUGAGAACAAACAGCCUCAGACAAAGCUCCUCCAAAGCCGUCUCCUCUGCCCCGCCAUCAAUGCCUAUCUACCUGGAGGUCCUACCAGGAAUAGGGCCGCGUCCGGGCAGCAUGUACCCUCAGCUUCCAACAGUGGAGCCCAGGCCCUGCCCUCAACACAAACGACCCCUGGACCUGUUUUGCCACGAGGACAAGGAGUGUGUGUGUGAAGUUUGUUGCCAGCAUGGACAUGAGGGACAUCGUGUGAUCAAACCACAGGCAGAGAGGAGGGAGAGACAGAAAGACUUAAUCGAGAUGCAAUAGGAAAUACAGAAG